UGCUAGCACACAUGUUGGCUUGCGCGGCAAUCGGAUCAUUUCUCGCUGGCCUUAAAUGGACUCCGUCGAAGCUGAUUCGGAGUAGGCAGCAGUUCCUUACGGCUGUUCUCCUUUCGGCUGUCUUUUGCAUGGCUGUGGUCCUCGGCAACGUUUCCUUGGCCUUCAUCCCAGUUUCUUUUACCCAAGCCAUAGGUAUUCGACAUCAGUCUAUCGUGGGCGCCUGACACGUAACCUGACUUCUGCCUCCCAAGGCUCGACAACACCAUUCUUCACAGCCAUCCUGGCCUUCGUUAUGCAGGGCCAGCGUGAAGCACCUUUCACAUACGCUGCUCUCAUUCCGAUUAUGUUGGGCGUCAUUGUUGCUAGCGGCGUCCAUACUCAUGACCGACCCCGCCGAGAAAUUGGAUCCCAUGAGCCUGCUGCUCUACAUGAGCUGCACCAGUAUAAUAUUCCUGCUGCCCUUGACUUUGACGUUGGAACCGAACUCAUUUCGGGAGGCAGCUGCGCUCGCGGCCAGCUCACCUAGCUUCCUGUACUGGCUGGUUGCCAACAGCUGCCUAGCGUACUUGGUUAGCUUGACCAACUUUCUGGUCACCAGGUACACCAGCGCACUUACGCUGCAGGUAUGCGUAUACUGCAGGGCAACAUUGCUUUUCAACGGUGCUGCAGCCUGUCCGGCUCCUUUUCCCUCCUGAUGCUGGUUAUGUUGCCGUCUAACCUGGCACACUGCUGCACACCGCAGGUGCUAUGUAACGCCAAAGGGGUUGUGGCGGCAGCGGUGUCUGUGUCCAUUUUUCACAACGUUGUCACGGCGCAAGGAUGCAUCGGAUACGGUGUCACCGUUGCUGGUGUCUUCAGAAUGCAAGCGUUAUAAUGCAGCUGCUACGGCGACUGCUGGGCGUGCCGCUGGAGACGAUGAGGCAAAGGAUUUGACCGACCGGGAGCCGCUGCUCACUUCGGAGUUUGUCCACACGGGGGACAUGCAGGUUCACAAUUGUUCAAGCAAAGCACCCCCCAACUUCAAGGGCCUAGAGGGGGUUGCUAUGUAGGGUUUGUCCGCUGUGACGUUUUGGGAGUAGCUCGCAAGCCGUUUGCAACGUUCCGGCAGUGGACCAGCCUACAGAGCUAUGUACGGCGGGCGUUUGUGUUUUGACACGCGGAUUGGAGGGUCGGCAGUAACACGCCCAUACAUAUAUAUACGCACUUAUAACCCGGGAGGCCCCUCGGGCACUGGUUAUUGGCCCAAAAUAUAGUCCGUAUUGUGGGAGGCAGUUGUUUGACACUACGUGGACCUCGCCGGUCCACUAGUCGCGCGUAGGUGUCAAUAUGCGGUUGGCGGUUAGUCAGCGUAUCUUU